AUGUAUGCCUGGAACGUAUGGUCGAGAAGCACAUUAGGACAAGGUUUCGAGGUCGCAACCCUCUCAAUGUCAGACAGCACGCUUGUCAAAGUGGAAAAUCUUGAGAAUCGCCUCUGCUCGAGCCAGCAACAUCCGCGACUAGCUCGCGGUGAGUCAUAUUCAUGUGGGUACAAACCGUAUAGGUGUGAAAUUUGUAACUAUUCGACAACGACCAAAGGUAACCUCUCAAUUCAUAUGCAAUCUGAUAAGCAUUUGAACAAUAUGCAAGAGUUGAAUAGUUCACAAAGUAUGUUGGCAGCCGCGGUCGCCGCCGCUAGCAGUGGGAAGGCGGAUAUCACAUCCAAAAUGAUGCUAUCUAAUAAUAUCGCAGCUGUUCAACAACCACAACAACAACAAACUCCGCAACCUCCGCCCCAACAAACAAUAUCACAGCCCCAGUCCCAACAGCCACAGUCAUCACAUAGCGGCAGCUCGUCAAUUCUCGGCAGUGGAGGAUCAUCUGCCAGCGGUAGUGGCCGUACUAGCGUCGAUGCUACUGGAAAUGCCUGUGUAAUUUUCAAUAAGAGUAAGCCGUCCUUUCGAUGUGACAUUUGCAACUACGAAACAUCAGUGGCUAGAAAUCUACGCAUACAUAUGACCAGCGAGAAACAUACUCAUAAUAUGACUGCCCUGCAAAACAAUAUCAAGCACAUACAAGCGUAUAGCAUCUUUCAGCAGCACCAGCAGGCCGUCGUUGCUGCUGCUGCCCAACAGCAACAACAACACCAGCAGCAGCAGCAAUUAACAGCAGCAACACAGGCAGCAUCCCAAUUGCCAGCACUUGGCAGCGGUUUAGCUAGCAACUUUUUACCAGAAAUCGCUUUGGCCGACUUGGCUUAUAAUCAAGCCCUCAUGAUACAAUUGCUGCAACAGAACUCCGCAGCUAUUAGCCAACAACAGCAGCAGCAACCACAUGAUUCUGUCCCCAAACUUCAGUUAAAAGCCUCGCCUCGUUCUUCACCGCAUCCCAUGCAAGUUGAACAGCCGUUGACAUUUCAACAACAACAACUUCAGCAGUUGAGACAACAGUUGCUGCAGUCAUAUUCACCGAACAGUGGUUCACCUACAUUGCUGUUGUCGACGGAAACUUUUGGUACCAGCGAUGUAAAUUUGUCUUCCAGCGUUAGUGGUGGCUGCAAUGUCGAUGAAACUCUGGAGCCACCCGUUCGCGCCGAUCCUUGUCCAACCAAUCUCUACAGUUGCUUGGUGUGUGAUAUAUUCAGCUCGAAUAGUUUAGACGAUCUCAAUCAGCAUUUAUUGGUUGAUCGCUCACGAUGCAAUACUAUGACAACUAGCAGCACGAAUAAUAGUAAUACCCUCAGUACCAUCAAUACAGACGUGAUGGUCAUAUUAAAUAAUAACUAUAUUUGCCGCUUGUGCAACUAUAAAACUAAUCUAAAGGCAAACUUUCAACUGCAUAGUAAAACAGACAAGCAUCUUCAAAAACUAAAUUACAUUAAUCACAUACGCGAAGGUGGACCGCAUAACGAGUAUAAACUAAAGUACAUUCAGCUUGCUGCCAACACGGUGCAGUUAAAAUGCAACUGUUGUGAUUUUUAUACAAAUUCCAUUCAGAAGCUAUCGUUGCACACGCAGCAUAUGCGACACGAAACGAUGCGUAUGAUCUUCCAGCAUUUAUUGCAUAUCAUGCAACAGAAUAACCUUCAACAUAUACAAAUGCAACAGCACUCAAAAUCAAAUCCCCACGAGUCUACGGCUGAAAUUGGUGACAGUAGUACAGAGCCACAUGGCGGAAACAUUGAUCAGGACAGUAAAAGUGAUGACACCCCAAUCAGCGCUAUAGCAACGAAAGACAUGCCAAAAUUCGCCGAAAAAGUAAUAUCAUGCCAAUUAUGCAAUUAUAGCACAUGUACACUAUUAAAUAUGAUCCAACAUGUAAAAAGCCUGCGUCACAUGCAAGUAGAGCAGUUCGUUAGUCUCCAAAGACGCAGCGAACAACUUGAUCCGCCUAGUUUGGAUGACGUAUUCAAGGUAGUAGAGCAACCAAUUUUGCAAUCGUUACCCCCUUCCGCUCAUACUUCUCAAGACGAUAACAGUAAGUUAGAAAAUAUCAGAUCGGUUUCAGUUCCCGGCUAUUUUUCUGUCCCCACGACGCGGUUAACAAAUGAAGACAACGGAUAUAACAUAUCUGUAAUAGAUCACAACUCCUUCUCACCAUCAUCAAACUCCUCGAUUGCAUCAGGAAAUACAAGUGUACGUAGCAAAGGAUACCAACGUGUUAGUACACCAAAUUUUCAGUCAUCUAUUGGGGAUAGGGAUGGUUUAACCACAAAUUUGGGUUCGGCCAUUAAUACUACUGGCAUACCAUCUGUAGUUUUUAAAUGCAACAACUGUGAUUUCUUUGCACAAUCCAAAACAGAGAUGGAGUUACACCUAGGUGCAGUUCAUCCCCAAACGGAACCAGACUACAUCAGCAUUCCAACGAACUCCGUGGCAAUGCAAGCAUUUCAAGCCGCAGUAGCAGCAGCUACAGCUGCAGCAGCGUGUGCAGUAACUGCUACACACUCUGGUAGUAGCAAAUCCAAUUUCGAAAAUGAUGCUAUUGAUGACGAUUGUCCAACUUCAAUAAAGAGAGAGCGUUUAUUUUUGCCUGAAGAUGAGGAGUUCGAAAAUGGAGCGGACAUGAGCAGUACAUUAGAUUUGCAAAAUGCAUCGACAAUUUCUCCUUGGAUCACAACAACAAUAAACACGAAUGAAUUUUCACCAUCAAUAAAUGAAUCAAGAUCAGGAAGUAAUAAUGUUAUAAGUAGGGAACUUGAAGAAAAAUUGCAGCAACAUCAAUCAGUGCUCAAAAGCAUUAAGAUAGUAUUAAAUGAUAUUGAUGACAGUAGUCAGGUUGACCAAAGUAGCACAAAUUAUGCCAAUGUUCAAUGCCCAUUAUGCACUGGCACAUUCGACCGUAAGCAAACACUAGAAUCGCAUUUGAUGAAUGUACACAGCGUAAAUCGCGAUGGAUUAGCACGACUCUUACAACUGGUGGACACCAGCGUUUGGAAGCAUUUUCACACAGAAUCAGCAAGUGCCGAUGCUGCCAAAACUGUCAGACCUGCCACCGAAACAAACACAAUCAAAGAUAUAAAUAAUGCAGGUUCAACGGAAUUAAACUUAUCAACGAUGGCAGUCUCAAGCGAUGCAUCCAUAAAUCUCAAUACUUCUAAUCCAACAGGGUACGUUCAAUCACUGGAAGCCGUAAAUAGUAGUGAACUAUCAUGUGAACAGUGUUGCACGCAUUUUAAGCAUGAACAACAAUUGUUGCAACAUGUACAAAAAUUUCAACAUUUUGUAGUCUUGCCAAAUGGAGAUCACCGUUGUUUGGCUGCUAGUCAUCCCAGCCGACCUUGCCACGCGACAUUUCCCUCGCAAACUGCUUUGAUCGCCCAUUAUAAAAAUGUACACAUAAGUUUAAUUAUAUCAGAGCGUCAUGUAUACAAAUAUCGCUGCAAGCACUGCUCACUUGCAUUCAAAACUCAAGAAAAAUUGUCCACCCACUUGUUAUAUCACACGAUGCGCGAUGCUACCAAAUGUACAUUGUGCCAGCGAAAUUUUCGCAGCACACAAGCGCUACAAAAACAUAUGGAUCAGAUACAUAGCAAAAGUAACCAACACGUUUCUAGUUCACCAACAUUAUUAAGUUGCAGCAGCCGCGGGUCGCCAACUUUUCGUACAACAAACUCGCAAUUAACUGAGGCAGUUCUGGAUAAUGCACCUAAAACUAACGACGGUGAUGCUUGUCAGUCGCCACCCAUAUCACCACAUAGCAAGGAACAAAUGGAUUCCAAGAACUUGAAUGAAACAUCACAAGUAUCAUCUUCCCCAUUAACAGCUCACAUAUUGCAGGAUCAGCAACAGCACGUCGCUGCAUUCACCGCUGCACUACUAAAUCAGUCUUCACAACAGCAACACUGCAGCAGUGAUGAAUUAGCAGUGGUUACACAAGCUCAUCUAAUCCAACAUUUACAAACUAAGCCCAGUGGAUCGCUGUUGACGCAGAAAUACAUUCAGCAACAACAACAAAAACUACAAAAUAUUCAACAUUUACAACAGUUGCCGCAGCUUCCAGGCGCUUCCACCGGUUUGCCACUGAAUCCUGUCGAGAUGCUAAAUCUUAUGCAAUUUCACCGCAUAAUGUCCAUGAAUUUCAUGAAUCUUGCUCCACCGCUUAUAUUUGGGGUUGGCGCUAAUGCUAGCGCUAGCAACAAUACAGAGUUGGUUACGUCUCCACACACACCUAAAAUAGCUCACAAUUGCGGUGCCCAUACGCUUCUCUCCGGAAGCGAUUUGACUAUACCAGGCACUCCAGUUCCAGUCGGAUCAACUGCGGAUAUUAUUGGUACAUUACCAAAGCAGCAACAAUCUCAACAACAACAAUCUGUAGCAACAAGCAUUUCACAGAUGGCGAGUAAUCAAAAACGUGCACGAACGCGUAUCACUGAUGAACAGCUAAAAAUCCUUCGUGCACACUUUGACAUCAAUAACUCUCCAAGUGAAGAAAGUAUAAUGGAAAUGUCUCAAAAGGCAAAUUUGCCGAUGAAGGUCGUUAAGCAUUGGUUUCGGAAUACGCUGUUUAAGGAACGUCAACGAAACAAAGAUUCUCCCUACAACUUCAACAAUCCACCAUCUACUACAUUAAAUUUAGAAGAAUAUGAGCGUACUGGACAAGCUAAAGUAACGCCGUUAAAUGAAGAGCUGAAUCUGGCUUCGUUCAACCUUACGAAACAGCAGGAACAGCAGCAGCAUAAAAUAUCCGAAACAAAAGGUCAAGAUACCGAAAAUGUAUCUUAUGCCGCUACUAUUCCAAGCACAUGUGGCGAUUCUCCGAUAUCAAUCGAUAUGAAAAAUGAACCGAUCAAUGAGAGGGUUGAGGACCACUGCACAACUGACGCUCCACACUCCCAGCAACAGCAACAACAGCAGCAGCAUAAAGAUAGCAAUGAUAAACACUUGUUAAGUCCAGCGUCGGCAUUGCUUCUUCAUCAGCGACAACAACGUAUAUCAGCCGUAGCAGCGGUUGACCCCCAACAGCAGCAAGUUAUUGAAAUGCAAGAUCAUACAAUGAUAGGUACAGCAGUUGCAUCCAUGUUACAGCAGCAACAUGUACAAUCACAAUCGAACCAAGGUACACAGCAGCAUAUCAAUCUAUACAGCUACGAAACGAAAUCAGAAAGCGGUAGUUCGGAUAUACUUUCAAGACCUCAAUCACCGAACACGUCUUCGAUCGUCUCGACACACUUUGCGAGCAUCAAUGAGUUAUUAAAUCAACAACUUGACAAUUUGCCUCUUAGCCAAAACCUUACUAGCAUAAAUGUUGCAACCAUACACGGAAAUAAUAUGGGUCCACCAAAAAAUUUCCAAACUAGCAAGUCAUUCGAAAAAAACUCUCCAUCUUCACAGUUUGAUACGAACUCGAAUUCAUCGAAUGCGUCGUCUACAUCCAGCGGGAAGCGAGCAAAUCGUACACGCUUCACGGACUAUCAAAUCAAGGUACUACAGGAAUUCUUUGAGAAUAACUCUUAUCCAAAGGAUAGUGAUUUGGAGUAUUUAAGCAAGCUUUUGUUGCUUUCCCCACGUGUUAUUGUUGUCUGGUUUCAGAAUGCCCGCCAAAAACAGCGAAAGAUUUAUGAGAACCAGCCAAACAAUUCCCUUUACGAAACAGAGGAGAAAAAACACAAUAUAAACUACGCUUGCAAGAAGUGUAACUUGGCAUUCCAGCGAUACUAUGAACUGAUACGUCACCAAAAGAAUCACUGCUUCAAAGAAGAAAACAAUAAAAAAUCGGCCAAGGCGCAAAUAGCCGCUGCACAAAUCGCACAAAAUCUCAGUUCUGAAGACUCAAAUUCUUCCAUUGACAUAAAUAGUGGCAAUGCGGUUGCUCAAUUACAUCAUCAACAACACGGAUCUGCCGUUACAACGAGCCAUAAUUUAACAAAUAGUGCUACUGAUUCCAGUAUUUCACCCUGCGCGACAUCUACUGGAUUAAAUGUGUUGCACAACACAUCACCGCAGCAUUUAUUUGGGAAAUCGUCAAUGUCCAUUACCGAUUUUAGUCCAUCCACUACUCCGACACCGCCGCAAUCCCAACGAGAGCGGAACGAUAGCACUGAGUUGUCACCGCAGGGUCAAGCUCACAAGUCGAAAUUUGAAUGCGAAAAAUGUAAGAUACAUUUCGGGUUCUAUGAACAUUUUCGGGAACAUCAGUUGCUUCAUUUAAUGAACCCCGGCUUGUUUACAUCCCAGCUUUCGAGUAUGCCAGACACAUAUGGCACAUUUGGCAGUAUAUUACAGAGUUUACAACAGGUAGCAGCAGCAAAUGCUACCCACCAACAGCAGCAACAACAACUGCUACAGCAACAGGGCCAACCGUCGGCGAAAAAGCGUAAAUGUUCCGAAACAUCUUCUAUAACGGAUGAUAUGUCAUCGAUUGGCGGCACUGGUGAUAUCGAUACUAAUCCAAUAUCAUUACCUUUUUCAACUCCAAGGAAAUAUGAUUUUUUGUACCAGUAUUUCAUGCAGAACGAAAGUAGUAAAGAACUAAAGCAACAAUUUCAAUCGCAACAGCAGCAAGCACACGAGCCAGAGUUAGAGAUGGAGUUUCUCGCAAAUUUUUAUCACCAAUGCGAGUUGCGGAAGCGAAGCAAUUAUGAUUUUUUAUACCAGUACUAUCAAAAAAAUGAACGUAAACAACAAAUGGGGGCAAUGCAAUCUAUUUCAGGUGCUUUUGAAUCAGAGAACAAACCCCAUAUAGAUUUCCUAUUGCAAUAUUAUCAACUGAAUGAAUCAAAAAAGUUUUUUCAGUUAGAUGCCUCGAACCCACGAAUAAAUGACCACACGUCUGCGUCGCAUUCAUUGACAGCACAGUACCAACAUAUAAAUAACCUAUCUUCAAAUAGUCGAGAAACAAAUACAUCUAAGGGUGGCUUUGUUAUGUUAGAUUCCAACUUAACAAAAAACUCCCUAGAGGUACUCAGUAGCAAUAUUGGGCUUUCAGAUGGCGAAGAUAACAAUGACGAUAACGACAGAAAUAGUAAUGGUAUGGAAGCUGACGACGCUCAUAGUUGUGCUACUGAUCAUAAUGACGACAAUAAUAGGAAAAUCGAAAGUAAUUUGAGCUAUAAGAAACGGAAAUCGACGAAAAAUACCAUUAAAGGAAGGAGAGGCAGUUUUCACGAGGCUACAAGCACAAUGGAGAUUUCAGGCGGGAUCAAUCCUGAAGCGAAUCUACUAUCGCAGCAGCAAGUUAAAUUCACUUGUAUGGAUGAGGACCAUAAGCGUAAGGAUGUGAGUAAAGACAGUGGAAAAUUUGGGAAAAACCAAAAGUCUAAUCAUACAAAGCGUAAAGCAUCAUCUUUGGCAACUCAGUCGACAGCGCCACUAACAAAAAAAGCUACAACAACUCUAUCAGCAAUCAGCAACGUCGAGACAUAUAUACACAAUUUAAAGGAUUUUCUUGAUGCUAACACAAUUGAAACACCUACACAAACGACUCAACAUAACAGUGACAACCUGGUACAAACGGAUACUGACGGCAGUAGCGGUGCGACAGCGAUGGAUAAAAUGCUAUUUUCUGAAACACCAUCAUCGUCGCCAAAUUCAAACAAUAAUUCAUCAGUUGUUGGACCACCAUCAGCAAAGCCAGGAGCUGGUAUUGCCGAAAAACAACAAAGCAAGCGACUACGAACUACAAUACUGCCAGAGCAACUAAAUUUUUUAUAUGAAUGCUACCAAAAUGAAUCAAAUCCGAGUCGAAAAAUGCUUGAGGAAAUCGCAAAAAAAGUAAACCUGAAAAAACGCGUAGUACAAGUUUGGUUCCAAAACUCUCGCGCUAAAGAUAAAAAAUCUCGCAAUCAACGCUUUACCGCAAUUUCCGAUGAUAGUAACUACGAGGACGCUACGCAAUAUAACAGAGAAGGUGGAAUAUUGCAUAAAAAUGUGAUAAAAUCCACCAAGUCAUAUGGCAGUAAGUGUAAUAUCAGUUUCGUCCCGGAUGUCAGUACUAGCAUCAAUACACAUACUGGAUUUGAAUUAGGUGACUGUGAUUUAUGCCAACUCCCGCAAGUGAAUAUGAAGCAACAUGCCUUUUCUGUUGAACAUAUCUGUAAAGUGAAAAACCUUUUGGAGCACACAACAGCAAAUGUCAAAGUGAACAUCGAUACGGAGGUGAUUGCAGCUUUCGGAACAGACGUCGGUGCCUUCGUGGAAAGCGAAACAAAAAAGGAUGGGCUUCCCAAUGGCUUUGUCCCAACAGGCGAUGCCGAAGUGAAUGAAAGUAAAUGUUCCACUGCCGAUGUCAACGAUAGUCAGGAAAGCAAUUUUGUAGGGCAUCAAGACGCCGAUGUUGUCAUCAGUGAUGGCCUUUGUACGUUUACAAGAAUAUAUAAAGAGCUGAGAUUACAAAAUGUCAUGAAACAAGCACUUGGAAAUCAGCGUUAUAACAACUGUAAUGAAUUAGAGUGGAAAGAAAAUGGGAGCAGUAAUGAUGAAAGCGGAGAGCCACCAAUGAACAAUAAAGAUAACAGUCGGCCCAAGGACAAACAGCAGCCGACUACUUCAGUUUCUCCAAAACAUGUUAAUUUGAUGGAGAACACGAAAGCAGAACAAUCAAUCACCGAAAUAACUUUUUUUAAUAGCCGAAGUGGUGUCAGCGAAAGUGGCAUAGUUCACGGCAGUGAUCAACAGCAUUUCAAUAAGCCUGGCGAUACGGCUAGCUGCAAGCUAUUUGACGAGACAUAUUAUAGUGACGACAAUGAUCCCAGUCGUAAAAGUGCCAAUUUUACGCCAAGUGAGCCACUUGAUACAGUUUUGACUGAAGGCAGUAAUAAUGAUAAUUCCAAAUACAAAGAUAAUGUUGAUAGAAUUAGUCCAGAUUUGACGGAUAAUACCAAUACAAUACAAAAAUGUUCGACAAGAAAUGAAUCAAUAACAGCAAAUUGCGACAGUAGCAGCACAUCAUCAGCAUUAACAGCUACGACAGCCUCUACGAACAUAUCAAAUUCACAUGCAAAAGAUAUUAUCAAGCAAAUUUUUAAAUGUAGUCAAAUAACUGCCGGAACCGAAAUUUAGACGGAAUAAUUUCAAAAGCUGAGGCAAAUUUUCGAAAUGAAAGCAAACGCUCACAUGACGAGAAAAGACGAGGGAGAUAGAGAAAUGCCAAGACGAGUGAUAAAUGCAAAACAUAAUAAAAGAAAAAUAAUACUCGCAAGAUGUUUAAUGAUAACAAAAAUCUUAUACUAAAAGACAUAUACACAUAGUUCCUAUUUUGAAAAAAAUAUUAGCAACGUAAUUAAAAUUAAACACCUAGUUUUAUAAUAAAGGAAAAAAAAAUUAUUACAUUAUUCGAUAUUAAGCGGCUGAUAUACACGAAGAAAAGAUAUACACACAGAUAACACAAAAUUAUUGCUAGGUGCAGUUAAGCAUUAAGACAGGAUAGUAAAUAUAUAAAAAGGACGCAUGGUGAAAUAAGCAAGAUAAAGAGGAGGGGCAUAACUGAAAAAGUUAAUAAACACAAAAAAAACAGGAACAGCAUAAAAUAUUACAACAUUUUUUGGUGUUGUGUAAAUAACACAUACUAUUAAAAUGAUUCAAAAAUGAAUUAACGAGAAAAAGAGGUAGGGUUUUCAGUCAGUCCUAAACUAAACGACACACAUGCAAGCAUAUUUUACCCGCGUCUAAGAUAGGUGUAUAACAAUAAAUAAAUCUAAAUAACAAAAUGGAAAUUAAAUAAAAUAAGAAAAUACUUUAGUAGAAGCAAACAAAAAUUAAGGUGAAAUAAAUUUUGAAAAAUAUGCAACAAAGUUCCUAGCAUUUUAGUGUGCUACAUACUAUUUUGCCUUUGUUUUUCCUUUAUUGAAGUAAAAAAAACUAAAUAUCUGGCUAAAUUAUAUGUAUUCUAAUGUUAAAUACAAGAAAUCAAGGACGCAGUGAAUAACGUAGGGAGGACAGUGAAGAAAUAAAUUAAGCAAUUUAUAUUUUUACCCUAUAACUAUUAAUGAAAAUAAUGAUUUAAAUCAGCGAUCGGAAUAAAGGUUAAGUUAAUAUAAACUAUACCCUGUAAAACGUAUCCAUAAAAAUUGACCCCCUUAUGAAGCACAAUAAAGUCACAGCAUUGCAAACCAAUA